AGCACAAGCUUUUGUGUCGUACACCUGUCUCAGAUCGUCGCAAACCUUGAGAGGGAAAAGAAGGAUACCAUCUCGAAUCCAUUCGAUAUUGUUAUAAAGUUAUAAAAAUUACAAAACACGAGUGUUCGCGAAAUCCUUACCGCCGCGUCAAUUGGCUCAAUAAAACGCGCGAUGAACAAGUUUUGUUUGUAUCUUUUGUUACAAUUAUGCGUGCUGACCGCGUCUCAGAAGACGGCUUUAGACACACCGAUAAACUUAUACUUCUAUCGUCAAAUUCGUAAUUGGUUUUUCGAAAAUAUCGGUGUAAGAAAUGAGGGACGAUCAGCACGAAAUCAAAGAAAAUUUCAAAAGCAAGUUCCAACAGACGUUCCAUUUCCUUGUAACGUUACAGAUGGUAGAUCUCCCAAAGUUCCCGACUCAGUUCAUCAUCUGAGACCAGGUGACAUAGAUGUUAUUGCCGCAAUGGGCGAUUCUUUAACAGCCGGAGCUGGAAUUUUUGCAACUAAUUUAUUGGAGCUACCCAUUGAGAAUAGAGGUGCAUCAGCGAGUAUUGGUGGUCAAGGAACUUGGCGUACAUAUUUGACGCUUCCCAAUAUUUUCAAAGAAUUCAAUCCCAAAUUAAUAGGCUACGCACUUGGAGAUUCUCUGACUACUCAACCAGCUUCGCAGUUAGACGUUGCUGAAACUGGCGCAAUGUCCAGAGAUAUGCCAUUUAUGGCCAAACAUCUAAUCAAUAAAAUAAGAAAUGACCCGAGGAUAAAUAUGAAGAAACAUUGGAAGUUGAUUUUCUUGUUCAUUGGACACAAUGAUUUUUGUGCCGAUAUAUGUGCACUGCCUACUCCAUGGUCUGUUUUGGAUAACCACAAAACUGAUCUAAUUAAUACUCUUAGGAUAUUAAGAGACAAUAUACCCAGAACUUUCGUCGCUAUUCAGGUAAUACCUCACUUAAAGGAACUCGUUGCUACGCGUGAAGGAAGAAACUCUUUGAAAUGCUAUAUAAUGACUACCAUUGAAUGCUCAUGUUUAUUCGCUUUGCAAUUCAGAGAUCGAAGAGAGGAGUAUUAUGAAAUAAUAAAGAGGUGGCAACAAUUAGAAGAAGAAGUGGUUAAUUAUUCAGAAUUUCAUAGAAAUGACUUCACUGUAGUGAGCUUACCAACUCUGAAACACGCAAAGGUACCAAUUGCCAAGGAUGGAUUUGCUGAUUUGUCAUAUCUCUCAGCUGAUUGUUUUCACCUAAGUCAAAAAUCUAAUGCACUAUUGGCAAAUAAUCUAUGGAACAAUUUGCUAGAACCAGUUGGUAACAAGUCUUCCACUUGGACUCCACUAUACGAAAGAUUCUUGUGCCCCACCUCGGAAAGACCGUUCUUGAUGACACGUGAAAAUUCACAUAAUUUUUCCUACAUUAAAGACACGUCUCUAGUUUGAUAUUAUACAAUAGAAAUAAUAACCAUUGAAAUUUGGUAUAGUAGACACAAAGUGCCAUUUUAGUCCGCAUUAAAAUUUUUCUAAUAUAGUAAAUAUUUAUUUAUAAUUAUUAACAAAGCUAUUUUUCUAGAUAUCUCUGUUAUUGCAUGUGAUCUCAUCACGAACUUUAUUUAUUUCACAGCUGCACUUACUACUUUAUAUGUCAUACUAAUUUUCAUUAGCGUUCUAAUUUUUUAUUUUUUAAACACUUUGAUAUACACAAUAUAUGCUUUGAUAUACGCAGAAAAAAGAGUGUAAACGUCGAUGAAUUUUUAAAUUUCAAACGAAGGAUGAUUUUAAUAUUGUUUCCGAGAUACUCAAUGUGUGUUUGGGAUUUUGGAUGGUCCUCAGUUUACAGUACGGACGGCACAUUUGCUAUUUUUUGGGAAGUUGGACUUUUCCACACUAUCUAUUGUAAGGUUUACAAUUCGGACCGCGUCGAGAGAAUAAUUGACAUCCUAAGCACUUGACGGAUCCUCUCAACAGCAAAUCUCGUGACAUAAACCUCGAUACCAGAUGAAACUCGACAAUAGACCAAGGACGAUGGCAUCAACUGGACGUUACGCAAUGCUCACGACAAUUCGACAGUUACAGGAUUGGGCAGAAACGCGUUCCCACUUCAUAGGAAAUGUUGACUAAAACACACCCCCUAGACUGACAGUUAGCCUUUAACGCUCCAAAUGUGCCUCUCAAGCACUGUAGACAAAGCAUCAACACAUUGUUUCCUGAGAAAAUCGUUGAAGUGGUGGCGGAAAUUGUUCUUUUGGGAAUUAGAAACAAGCGUAAUAAAUGCUUAUAUACUUUACAAGAUUUCUCAGGAAAGGAAAGGAGAAAGUAUGAUGUGAAUAAGUUGGAGUUGCCGGUCGAUAUUCACAAUUAAAAGUCGGAGCGUUAAGAGUUAGAAUAUAAGCACCAGGCGCUUCAAGAGACAACAGAUUUAUCACACACACGCCCACGUUUAAACUCUGUUAUUUACAAUUCAUAUUCUCCCGUUUAUGCUAAAUAGUUCAAACAAACCUACUAAACACAAGCUUACUUACUAAGAAACUUACUAAGAAAUUUAUUAAGAAACAAACUGAUCUCACACCGAAACGUAAGUCGCACACUUGUUUUUUGAGUCACCUUUAUAAAUCUCCCUCAUAUUCUUGCUUAAAUUAUCGAAGCCAUAAUUCACGCGAGUCUAUCAUGGCUCCUAAUCAAGAAGAACGCAUUAAAAUUUUAAAACUGCAACCCGUAGCGUACAAGAUAGAAUUAGAAUAGUUUCAAGCGGUACUUGAUACCUAUAGUGAAGGAGCGUCAGCAACAAUCAUUCGGGUUUAUUUGGAAG